AUGCCCAGAAAAUGUUGUGUUACUGGUUGUAAUUCUAACUAUGACUCAGUAAAAGAUAAGACAACUACUUUCAGAUUACCGAGAGAUCCAGUAGAGCGUCUAAGAUGGAUUAAAGCAAUCCCAAGAGAAAAUAUACCAGACAAACAUGACACUGUAGUUUGUGCAAAACAUUUUCCACCAAACUUCCAAGUUAUUAAAGUAAAAGGAAGAGAAAGACCUCGAGAUCCACCUAGUGUAUUCGAACAAAUACCCAAGAGUUUAGUGCCAACUCCUCCACCAGAAAAAAGAACAACAACAAAAUCCAAAAGCUCUGUAAGAUCAAUAAAAGAAGAUGAACUUUCAAAAUUCGAAGAGCUUUACAAAAUUAAUUCAUUCGAAAAUUUUUGUAAUUCGUUAUCUCUAGAAAAACUUAAUGAUUCAGUUGUUUAUUAUAAUUGUUUAAAUAGCUGUUGUAUUCAAUCAAAAGAGCAUGAAAACAAUACUGGUAUUAAUAAAUUUUGUUUAAUAGUAUUUAAUGACUUAUCAUAUGAAGCCUAUCAUGCUGGAGUAAGAUGCACUAUUGCUUCCUUAGUUAAAAUAAGUUCAAAUGUUGGUCGCAAGUUCAUGAGGCAUUACGAUAUUUGA